AUGGCGUUUAGAUUUAUACCCAGAGCUUGCCCUAUUUACAAGCUCAAAUUCUUUCAGCAAACGUCCCAUUACUCCCGUUUCAAUAAGGCUGUUGUCAAAUAUCAUUUUUCAUUCUUUGCUAGACCUCACUUUGCUAGUAAUGGGCCACAAAAUCCUAGUGGCAAAUUCUUUGGUUUAGAUAUCGGACAUUAUGGAUUAUAUUAUAGUAUAUUCAAUAGAGAUGGUCAAAAAGUUGAUACCAUUAACAUCUUACAAUUCAAUCCUAUUUGGAUUAAUCCUUUAGAGAUCAAGUUUUUCGAAAAUUUCUUCAUCAAUGAUUUAAAUGCUGGUAUUUACAAUGAUAUUGAAAAUUUGAAAUCUAGAUUCACCACUCCUUUGGUGUUUAAAAGAAACUUAUCAACCAGAAGAAAUACUGGUAAAUUGACUGUUGAACCUAUUUUAAAAGAUCCCAGAGUUAUUGAAGGCAUAGAAGAUUUCAAAGCCCCAGUUCAAGAUGAUUUUGAAGAUACUUUCUUGGGCAGUCAAAUCCAAUUGAUUGAAGAGCAUUUUGAUCAACAAAAAUUAGAAUUGAUUUACCCUAUUUAUCAAGCCAUCACCAGAAACCAUUUAUCCUUACCAACCACCGAAUUAUACAAUAAAGUAUUAAAAUCAUUGGUGUUUAGAAACUUGAAUAGUCAAAAUAAACUUGAAGAUAUCGAAAUUAAAUUAACUAAUGUGUUAACAGUUUAUCAAGAUUUUUUGAAAAAUUCAUCUCCCGACUUAAAACCCGAUAAUGAGACCUUUAAUUUGGUUAUUAAUGAAUUAAUGGAUGGUAGUUUGAAGGUUUUAAGUAUCAGAGAUUCAACCAACUUACCUAACUUGAUUUAUAAUGAAUCUUUCAUUAAAGUUCAAGAAUUCUUAUUGAUUUCUAUGGAAUUGAUGUUUUCUAUUGAUAUCAAGAAACUCAAUCUUGAUUUGAUUUAUCCAAAGAUGUUUAAAUUAUUGAACAAUUAUCCAAAUUUGAUCAACAAUGACAUUUUGAGCUUAAUUUUCAAUAAUUUGAUCAAAAAUUCUUCCCAAUUUGAAUAUUAUAACGAGUUAAUCAAAUUAUCUAAGCAUUUCCAAAAAUUUGAAAUCUUAGCUUCCAACAAACAAUGCUAUGAUUUCAUCUUACACAUUUAUAAUCAAUUCAAAGAGAAUAAUGAACUUAUUGGUUUAAACACCAUCAAAAACUACGAGAUCUAUAAUACCAUGAUCAUGGAAUUAUGCGAAACUAAAAACAUUAAUGUUGCAACCAAGUUUUUGAAUGACAUUCUCAAUGAAUAUUCUCAUAAUUAUACCAAUUUAACUGAAGUUAAAGGACAAAUUUCCGAAAUUUUAUCCAAUUAUUUAACUAAAAUCAGUAAUGAGAAUGUAAAUAAAGCCAUUGAAUUGACUAAUGAUUUCAAAGCUGUUAAUUAUUUACCUGAAUUGACUAUGAGUUACUAUAAUCAUAUAAUUGGCUUGUUAGUACAAAAUUACUACCAAUCAACCAACGAAGUUGAUUUAUACAAUAUUUAUAAACAAAUUUGGUCAAUAGUUGAUUAUAAUUUGAUUCGUAAAGAUUUCAAAUUAUCAUCUUCAUUAAUCAGUUUUGCCCUUAAUUUGAAUGAUCACGAUAAUAUCUUCAAAUUAACCAAAGUGAUCAUUUUGAAUGAUGAAUUGAUUGAUCCAAUCACUUUCAAGAACUUAUUGAGUUACUAUAGAGAACAACCUUCAGUAUUAACUAAUUUGAUUGAACAUCAAGCUAAAUAUUAUUCAGACUUUGAAAAAUUGAAUGAUUAUUUAUGUGAUGUUGUUAAUUUUAUCAAUACUCCUAAUAUGUUCAAUUACUUAGUCAAUUCUUUUAUGAUCCGUGAUGCUUUUACUUUAGUUGAUUUGACCAAAGAUAAAAUCUAUGGAAUUGUUCAAGUUUCUAAGUACUUUGUCAAUUACAUUGAAAACAAUGAAGUUACCAUUGAAGAUUUAACUAAAGUUUUAAAUUUACAAGCCAUGUUAAUUGAACAAUUUGAAGAUCCUGAACUUAUUUAUAUCAAUCUUGAUGAAGAUUUAAGUAUGUUUAAGAACAAGUUGAUUGAAAACUUCAAACAAAAUGUCGGAAAAUUAAAUGGUUCAACUAGUUCCAUUCAAAACAUUUCAAGAAUAUAUGAUAUUCCUGUUGAGACCAAAAAAGCUAAUGUCACACCUAUAGUGGACUUGAGUGUUUUAAUCAACAUCAACAAUCAUUCAGGAGUUCAAAAAUUUGUUGAAUUGUUCGACAAAGGUUUCAAAUUUAAUGAUUUGACUUAUUCUAUGGUCAUCAAUAAAAAAAUGACUUUGGAAAAUUUGAACUGGGAUAGAUUUAUUGAACUUAUCAAACAUAACGAACAAUUGGUUUUACAAUUGAUUUCUCAAGGUAAUGAUAAUAUUACUGUGAAAACCAUCAACAAGGUUAACAUCACCAAAUCAGUAUAUGAAGAAUUAUUGAAGACUGUCAGCAAUUCAGAUAAUGUUUAUUUGUAUGAGAAGUUCAAAACCAUCAAUCAUGAAUCAUCUGAUGAACAAUUAGUCCGUAAAGCCAAACUUAUGAUCAAAUUCAAUGAUUUCAAUGAGUUGAACCAAUUAAUCACUUCAAAUCCUCAUAUAAAGGGUGAAGUCCAACAAUUGAUUAGAUCAGAUGUUUCUACCGGGUUAAUCAAAUUCCUCGAAGAUGAUGAGAAGUUGAUGCAAUUUUAUUCCAUUCAUAAGAAGUCAGUAAAUCAACAAAAACUCAUCAGUGAUUUGUUAACUCGUUUAACCACUUUAGGAAACGUUAGACUUGAAAAGUUAAUCCAUGGGUUAAAAGUGAUCAAAUUGAAUUAUUUCAGUGUUGAUAAUUUUAUCCGUUUCAUCAAAUUAUUAACCUCCACCAACCAACAAUCAAUGUUAUCAAUCUUACUCCAGAAAGUGAUCAAUCUUGGUAACAUUGGAGGAUUAAUCAAGUUCAAUGGUCUUGAAAUUUUAGUUAAAUCUCAAGAUACUGCUAGAUUAAUCAAUGAAUUAAAACAAAGCUUUACUGCUUUAAACUGUGAGAUCAAUUUAUUGAAAAUUGAAAUCAACCAACCGUGUACAUAA